AUGGGUAACCUACCGAAAGAACGCACAACAUUCUCGCGUGCGUUUACAAACACAGGUGUCGAUUUUACCGGGCCCUUUGAGAUUAAGAGCUAUCGCGGCCGCGGUUGCCGCAUUUCCAAAGGCUACGUUUGCCUUUUCGUUUGUUUUACGACUAAGGCAAUUCACUUGGAAGCGACAAGCGAUCUCAGCACCCCAUCCUUUCUGGCAGCAUUCGCUAGGUUUAUUGGUAGAAGAGGAUGUCCGAAAAACAUGUACUCCGACAACGGCACCAAUUUUGUCGGAGCUUCUCGAUCAUUACGAUCUGAAAUGAAGGCGUUCAUAUCAGAAGCGCGUGAUAAAACUAUAUCGAAAUAUAGUCAUCAAACACUUACAUGGCAUUUUAUACCCCCAGCAGCUCCUCACAUGGGCGGACUGUGGGAGGCGGGUGUAAAAAGUUUCAAAAACCACUUCAAAAAGAUUGCAUCCACCCACAAAUACACCUUUGAGGAGCUCAGUACCUUAUUAUGCCGAGUUGAGUCUUGUCUCAACUCGCGACCGUUAAGUCCCUCAUCGAACGAGCCAACUGACUUGGAGCCUCUAACUCCCGGUCAUUUCCUCAUAGGCGGUCAUUUACUCGCGCCACCGGAAUUAGAUGUAAAUGAAAACCCAGCCUCCAUAAUAAAUAGGUGGCAGAAAUUAAAGGCUUUACAUCAAACCUUUUGCAGGCGAUGGAAGUCAGAAUACCUAUCCGAACUACAGAAGCGAAUUAAGUGGAACAAGUAA